AUGCCUAGUGAAUUACGUGAGCUAAUUAAGCAGGAGCGAAACCUGCGAAGAACAUUAGACUCGGUGCGUCAGUUUGCUUCCAGUGAAAGCAACAACUAUGAACUUAUCAGUGUACGAUUGGAACUGUUGGAAGCUACCUUUGAACAGUUUAAAAAAGUGAGAACCGAAAUUGAGCUGCAAACUGACCACCUGAGCGCUUCAACGGACGAAUUUAGUGAACAAACGGCAUUGGAUCAAGCAAGGGAGGACGAGAAUGUGGGAAUCCUGGUGGAAUUCGAGGAGGACUAUUGUGUGGUGAAAAGUGAACUCCGGCGCCAGUUGUCAGCGAUACGAGCAUCAACCAACGCAGCUCCAGCUCCAAGUGCAGCCGAAUUGUCUGGUCCUCCAUCAACUCUGGCAAGGGUGAAGUUGCCGGAAAUUAACCUGCCGUUCUUUAGUGGGAAGACCAAAGAAUGGGUAACUUUUCGAGACUCGUUUAAAAGCCUGAUCCACUCCAGCAAUCAACUUAGCAAUACCGACAAGUUUUGCUACCUUCGUUCGGCCGUGACGGGUGAAGCUCUACAAGCGAUUGCUUCAGUGGACAUCACCGCCGCAAACUACGAUAUCGCUUGGUCUACCCUCGAAAAGCGAUACGAAAACCGGAAGCUGCUGGUGAAAUCCUACCUGGACUCCCUGUUUUCCAUCGAGCUGAUGAGGAAGGAGAGUUACGAUUCACUCAACAAGUUGCUCAGCGAAUUUGAGCGGAACCUCCAAAUGCUGCAAAAAGUAGGCGAGAACCCAGGCCAGUGGAGCACGCUCCUGGUUCACAUGCUGUGUUCUCGCCUGGAUCAAUCCACCCUGCGCCAGUGGGAAACCCACCACAGUUCCAAAGAGGUUCCGCUGUACGACGACCUGAUGUAUUUCCUGCGCAAUCAUUGUUCGAUGUUGGAAUCCAUCGCUCAUCGGAGACCUGAACGACCAGAAAGCAGCGAGAAUCGUUCCAGAUUUGGCGUUAGCAACCCUGCAGUUCCAUCCCAACUCGUGAUUGUGUGA